AUGCUAGCUAGACGUCGGAAUAUCCCGCACAAUCCAUAUAUCUCCCUCCUUCAGUACCCCGUAUACUAUUUCUUCUACGGGUCGAUGGCUGAUCCUGCGAUGCUGAAACGAACCCUGAACCUGGACGAGGCGCCCAAGCUCCACGAAGCGUAUGUUGUCGGGUACACGGUAGCAAGAAAGAACAGUGGACCGGCGUUGAUCGAUGGUCCACGGGGAGAGGUAGUGAAGGGAUACGCAUAUUUUGUUGGCUCAGAGGCAGAGGGCGAGAAGCUACGGGAGUGUCAUCCUGAACAAUGCAGGGUGACGCCGUGUCUGGUACAUUUCCAAAAUGGCGAUAAGGUGACGAGGAUUUCUGGGAAUGUUUUCAAGCAUGUUGGUGAUGCAGAAGCGUUUCUGGAGCCUGUCGACACUCAGUAUUGGGUUCAUGUGAGUAUAGAAUCGCUGGUAGAUUCAUGA